UGGAGCAGGCGGCCGGAAGUCCCGCCUAAACGGACUGAGCGGAUCCCGCCUCUUUCUCGGCUGCUUGGCGGCGGUUGUUGAAUUCGGGCGUCGACGUUGUUGUCGCCGACGCGAUGGGGAAUUUGCUGCAGUUUCUGAAGUUGGUGGGGCAGCUGAAGAGAGUACCCCGGACUGGCUGGGUAUACAGAAAGGUAAACAAUCCAGAAAGUGUCUCAGAUCACAUGUACAGAAUGGCAAUUAUGGCUAUGGUCACUGAAGAUAAAACUCUUAAUAAAGAUAGGUGCAUCCGAUUAGCUUUGGUUCAUGAUAUGGCUGAAUGCAUAGUUGGUGACAUUGCUCCUGCUGACAAUAUUUCCAAAGAAGAGAAACAUCGGCAAGAAAAGGAAGCUAUGAAACAUUUGACCAGAUUGCUGUCAGAGGAUCUGGGAAAAGAGAUUUAUGAACUCUGGGAAGAAUAUGAAUAUCAGUCUACUGCAGAAGCAAAAUUUGUAAAACAGCUGGACCAAUGUGAAAUGAUUAUUCAAGCUUUAGAGUAUGAAGAGUUAGAGAAACGACCUGGGACAUUACAAGACUUUUAUGAUACUACUGCUGGAAAAUUUAGUCAUCCAGAAAUAGUCCAGCUUGUAUCUUCGAUAAAUAAAGAAAGAAAUGCAAAUAUAGCUGCGAAAAACAGUGAUCCUCCAACUUGAAUCACGUUUGAAAUGUGCUUACCUGCAUCUUAAAUAAAUUAUUUUAUGAUUUGAA